AUUUCUUCUCUCUCUCUCACUUCCCAAAUUUAUUUGAAUUUUGAUUUUCUUUUUGUUUUUCUUUUCUUGAUUGAAAUCUCCACCAACGUAAGUAAUUUUCCUCUAAACACGCCUCUCCUCUCCGUACGGCGUCUCCUCCGGUGAAUCGGAUUUAAUCAUCGCCGACAUCUACGGACCACCCAAUUUUAAGACUCCGUUUUCAUUGGAGGGAUCCUUCGAUUCAUUUCACUUUCUCCCCCCCUCCCCCAAAUUCUUUCCCCUGGGAAGAUUAUUUGAAUUUUUUUGAUCUCUCUCUCUCUCUCUCUCUCUCCUAUUCUAAGAUUCAAAGGCAAGGGAACUACUCCUAAAUGUGUUGAUCUACCUACUAAUUGUUCUGAAAGGAUAUCACACUGACUGAACCUCGAGCUAGCUGGAACAUAUGCCUUGAAUGAUCUUAAGUAUGAACGAAAGUUUCUCUGGAACGCCAAGAAGCAUCACCCUCCAUAGAAAUAGGAUGAAAAGAGGAGCCCUUAGACGAAGGGCUAGGGAUAUUUCGGUUAUGCUUGUUGUGCUUGUUUGUGCAACCGUAGUAAUAUGGACAUGGGAUAGAACUCCUACCUCGGCCUAUCUUCCACCUGAAAGUCACUAUUUAAAGCUGCAAACAGAAGAAAAGGCUGAGAGAAUACCUACUACGCUAAAUACUGAAAGUAAAGAUAGCUACUCAUCAGCUACUCCAUUUGUAAACAAAGCUUGGCAUAAAAAAGUUCCUGUUCCCGACUCUUCUAUGACAGAGGACAGCAAAGAGGAUUCGACUGAUAAUAAAGAUACAGAAGAAGAAGAGAAACAAGUAGAAGAAGAUACUGUAAGUAAUACGAACCAAGGGAAGACACCAAUUAUUGAAGAGAAAAAAGUAGAACAAGUGAAACGUGAAGUUAUUGCAAGUGAACCAAAAUAUCAGAAGACACCAACUAGUGAAGAACAGGUGAAGCAUGAGGUUGCUGUUGGUGGAGAAGCUUCGAAGACAACACAUAUUAAAGAGACUAUUUCAGAUCCAGAGAGUAAUAUUCUUGCAACAGAUGAAGAGAGGACUGAUGGUAGUACUUCAACAGCUCACAUCGCCAAGCAAGCUUGCAAUUACGCCAAAGGGAAAUGGGUUGUGGACAAUCACCGUCCUUUGUAUUCGGGAUCGGGAAGCUCAACGGUAACAGAUGGGUGAUGCAUGUUAAUGGCGUUCCCAACACUAACAAGAAGCUAGCCGCUCUUGGGAAUGCCAAGAACUUCACAAUCCACAGUACUGUUAGUUGGGUUAACUCGCAGCUCCCUCUCCAUCCCGGUCUUAAGGCAUUCUACAGAAGCCUUUCGCCCAGACAUUUUGUGGGUGGGGAAUGGAACACCGGAGGAAGUUGCAAUAACACAACCCCAAUGUCUAUCGGAAAAGAAGUUUUGCAAGAGGAGUCGAGCGAUUACAGCGCGGGUCGUUCAGUGAAAGGUACAGGGGUUAAGCUUUUGGACAUAACAGCCUUAUCUAAUAUUAGAGACGAAGGUCACAUAUCACGGUUCAGUAUCUCGGCUUCACGGGGAGUUCAAGAUUGCCUCCAUUGGUGCUUGCCCGGUGUUCCUGAUACGUGGAAUGAAAUCCUUUUUGCGAUGAUCUAAGUUUUCAAGUUACAGCUGUUGCAUCAAUCAGCUGAAAAGUUCAGAGAAAGGGCUUGAGCCAAACCAAAGCUUAGCCUUUUGACACAUUGUAGUUUUAGCGGCUUGAGGUGUAAGUUAGUAUAUUUUUUAAUUAUGGUACAAAAGCAAAGCUCUGGCUAUUAUAGACGUCUUUAUCGUAUGCGUUUGCAAAACGCUAAUCAUACCGGGGUUUUGGUUCCGACCAUAUUUGCGGAACAGAUCCUAACAUUGUCUUGAAGUCAAUUAAAAGAAAUUUUAGAGUUAGUUUUGAAUU